AGCAGCCGCGGGUGGGCCACGGUGGCGGGGGGGCCCUGGUCAGGCCCUGCGGCGCCGGGGCGGAGCCAUGGACUGCUGCGAUGCGCGCGGCAUCGCAGACGAGGCGGACUGCGGCAUCGUGGCGUUCGCAGCAGCAGGCUUGCGCCCGCUGGGGGGCACGAUCAAGGCCAGCCCAGAGGACUUCCGGGUGCGCGAGCUCCCGCAGCAACCUGCCGCCGUCGCUUACCCGGGCCAACAGGGCAGUUUCCUCAAGUUCACCCUGCACAAGCGGGGGGUCGACACCCUCGAGGCUCUGGACUCGCUGGCGCAGGCGUGCCGGGUGCCAGCGCGCAGCUUCGGGUUCGCGGGCAUCAAGGACUCCCUCGCGAUUACGACGCAGGAAGUCACGGUGUCUCCAGAGCUGGUCUCCGAGGCCGCGCUCCUGGAAGCGGCGGGCACGCUGCCGCAGCUGCGAGCCCUGGGCUUGCGCCCCUGCGACGCGCCCCUCUCCCCGGGCAUGCUGGCCGGGAACCGCUUCCUCCUGCGGGUGCGCGGCGUGAGGGCCAGCGCGAGGCGCGUGCGGCAAGCAUUGCGAUCGUUGAGGCGGCGCGGUUUUGUCAACUACGUGGGCAUGCAGCGAUUCGGCAAGGCGGGCGUGCGCAGCGACCUCCUCGGCCUGGCUUACCUGCGCGGGGAGUACGAGCGGUGCGUAGACUUACUGCUCCACCAGGGCGCUGGCGGAUGCCGCAACGAGGCGGGCGCGGGCGGCAGGGAGUUCAAGUGGGUUGAGACCUUCCGGCGCACCGGCAGCGCUGCGGCGACCUUCCAUGAAAAGUAGAACAGCAAGGAGUUACAUUAACAUAAAUGUGCAGUGGUUCACGUGGAUUUCUUGGGUCAGCAUUGGGCCCCAUAGCGGCGCCGCUGGCGCUGCCCUUGGCGCGCUUCGCGCGCCAGGGGAGGGGGGUUCAGCGCCGACCCGAGAAAUCGGCGUGAACCUCUGGACGUUGAUGUUGAUGUUGUGUCCUAUUAUUCUAGGCUCAAGCUGGGCUUGUCCCUCUACAAGAGGAUUCCAUCAUGACCCUUUUCUUGGGAUCCCGCAAAGGGGGAGUGUGCCCUGGGGGGGGGAGUUCGAUCGGCUUUUGCACUGAACCGCCCAAAACAGGUGCCCCCCAGCCGCCGGCAGCUCCCGAUGGUUGCCGAUAGGUGGGGCAUGUGGGAGGCAUCUGUUUGCGGCAGUUCGGUGCACCAACGGAUCGAAGUCAUGCCUCGCCUCAGGGUCACCCCCACCUUGUGGUGGAUCACGAUUUUCCUUCAUGCCGAGGCGACGCUGCGCACUAUUAGCCCAGAGGGGCUCCAGGUCCAAUUGUCGAGCCGCUUUGCUCAAACUUCUGGCGUUGCAUGCUCGGAUUUUGGACCUGGCGGCUCUGUGGGGAGGGGCCAGAAAUGCAAGCUCGCUGCGAAGUGUUCUCCCCCUUUUCUGUCUCGCUGCCCCUUCCGUUUCCCUUUUCCAGGACGAGAGGAGAUGGUGAGAGAACAGAAGGGGGGGAACAUUGUGCGCAGUAUUUCUCGGCCCUUAGCUAUGCCACAUUUCGGGCUCUGGACGGAGCGCCGCUUGCUCACCGCCUUGCACCGGAGGCGAGAGGACGACGGAGGCCUGGACGGCUGGAAAAACAGCUGUUGAGGUGCCCAGAGCAGCGGAUUUGGACAAAGCUGCCCUUCCGCUCGCCCCCCUCACCAGGAGGCGAUUCCAUGGGGGCUGCACGAUGGGCGACUGCGUGGUCAAUCUGAUUAUUGGGCUGCUUCCGUUUUGGAGCUCUCGGCGAGGUCCAGCUGCCGGUCUCUGGACACCACUUGCCCCAGUGCUCCCCU